UUGUCGAUGAACAUAUUCUGGUUCUUACGUGAACAGUGAGUUUUUUAGUUGCCUAUUGAGCCUUUUUAUUUUGAUCAUUUUGAUAUAAUGGUUCAAAAAUGUUAUAGUUGUGGUUCUGCUAAGACAGACAAUGUCAAACUUCACGGAUUUCCUAAAGAUAUAAAUCUGAGGGAAAAAUGGGUUGCACAAAUAAAAAAAGAUGUUCCUGUUAUCAUAACUCAGUAUACUAGGCUCUGUAGCAAACAUUUUACAAAUGAUGAUUACUAUCAAUCAUCAUUUGGAAAUGAUAUAUUGAAGCCAGAUGCGGUACCAUCUAGGUUCUUCUGUUCAAGAAAAUCGUUACUCCCUGAAUUUGAAGUUCGCGAAUCAAUGUCCACAGGUAAACCUAUUCUUACAGUAAAUGACAAUCUUGAGAAUCUUAUGUUAGAAGAAGAAAUAGUAGUAAAUGAAGAUGAAAACAAUUCUACAGUUUCAAUGAAUAAUGAUACAGAAGAGAUUAUUCUGCAAGCAAAUGAAAAUAUUGAUAUUACAAAAGUCCAUCUUUCAGAAAAGAAACGUAAACUAUUGAGAUAUGCUGGAGACUUUUCUGAGGAAGAUCUAGAGACACCUAGAAAACGGAAAAUGUUUUGGAAAACAUAUCAACAAAUGAUUAAGACUAAAAAUGAUAAAAUUAAAUUGUUACAGCAAAAAAAUCGUAGUCUUAAAUCACAAAUAAAUAACCUUAAUAGUUUAAUUGAUGAUUUACAGUCGCAAAACAAGUUAAAUGCUAAUGGUUCAUACAUGUUAAAGGUAAAUACAGUUUAAGUUACUUUUAAGAGAUGCCACCCAUACGUUUGUUGUCUCCAUAGACCUAUAACCAAUG